CACCACAAAAGUAAAAUUCAUCGUCAUGUUCGAGAAGAAAGGAAGAACACUGUUGGCGAAGAGGAAAACCCUAGGGACGAUCAAAACGAGAAGAACGAAGAAGAAUCGGAAGAUGGAGGGGACAUUGGAGCGACACUCGCUGCUUCAGUUCGGUCAAUUGUCGAAGCUUUCGUUUGAUAAUCGUCCGCCGUCGAAUGUUGCUUCAUCGGCGUUUCAGGGUCUCCUGGAUUCGGAGUCGUCGGAGCUCCGGAAUCACUUGGGUUCCGUUGAUGCAGAUGCCGAUUGCGGAGAGAAGGAAUUUAUUCUCAGCCAAGACUUUUUCUGCACACCUGACUAUAUAACUCCGGACAACCAGAACUUGAUGAGCGGUUUAGACAUCAGCAAGGAUCAUUCUCCUUGUCCUAGGUCUCCUGUUAAACUAAAUACAGUUAAAAGCAAAAGAUGCCGGCAGGACAGUUUCACACUUAAAACAUCAAAUUUUACCUGGUCUACAAAACAUAGUAGAGAAGAUGAACAAGAGACUGAUGAUAUUGACACAGAUGAGAUCAUGGUUGAUAAACUCCAAGCUAACCAAACAGAGAGGACUGGAUAUGUUUCACAGACUGCAGUUGCUCUGCGUUGUCGUGUUAUGCCACCUCCUUGCUUCAAGAAUCCAUAUGUGAUGAAUGAGUCUGAGACAGCUACUGAUCCUUUCGGAUAUCAGAGGUCAAAAUGUGCUAGUUUUCUACCUGCAAGUAUAAGUGGGGAUGGGUUGUCAAGAUAUCUCACAGACUUUCAUGAAAUCCAGCAAAUUGGUGCUGGGAAUUUCAGUCGUGUAUUUAAAGUUUUGAAGAGAAUUGAUGGUUGCUUGUAUGCUGUGAAAUACAGCACAAGGAAGCUGUAUCUAGAUUCAGAGAGGCGUAAAGCUAUGAUGGAAGUUCAAGCUCUUGCUGCUCUAGGAUUCCAUGAAAAUGUAGUAGGAUACUACUCCUCGUGGUUUGAAAACGAGCAAUUAUACAUUCAACUGGAACUCUGCGAUCAUAGUUUGUCCAAGAAAUCUUCUCUUAAGAUCUCAGAGAGAGAGAUCUUGGUGAUUAUGCAUCAGAUAGCUAAGGCGUUACAGUUUGUGCAUGAGAAAGGAAUAGCUCAUUUAGAUGUAAAACCCGACAAUAUAUACAUCAAGAACGGUGUCUGCAAGCUCGGUGACUUUGGUUGUGCAACGCGAUUGGACAAAAGCUUACCAGUAGAAGAAGGGGAUGCACGUUACAUGCCUCAAGAAAUACUAAACGAAAACUACGAGCAUCUCGAUAAAGUCGAUAUCUUCUCUUUAGGUGUCACUGUUUACGAGCUCAUAAGAGGAUCUCCUCUUACAGAGUCAAGAAGCCAAUCCCUCAAUAUUAAAGGAGGAAAACUUCCUCUACUUCCCGGCCAUUCGUUACAGUUACAGCAACUGCUUAAGACAAUGAUGGAUCGUGAUCCAACGCGUCGUCCUUCUGCUCGAGAAAUAAUGGAGCAUCCCAUGUUCGAUAGGAUUCGAGGUUGAUUCAUAUGACCCUCUCAGAUGUUGUCAUGUUGAGAAACUAAACUUUGUAAUUAUGGUACCAAACUACCAAUGAUCGGAUUUGGAGGAGGGUAUUGAUCC